UCUCUACUAUAUAAAUUAUAUCCCUGUGGGCCUUGAUGCUACAAUUAGACUAAUUUGCUGAUGACACAAUUGUAUACUUGGUUGUCGAGACAAAAGUGACGCAGAGACGCUUCAGAAAGAUCUUGACAAACUUUCAGUUUGCAAUGUGUUAUCUGUGACUAAAACCAAAGAUCCCAGUCUACAACUACAAAUUACAUGGUCAUAUAUUAGAGCAUGUUCAUUGGGCAAAGUAUUUAGGAGGUUACCAUCCAAUCUGACCUAAAAUGGGAUUCCAGUAUUAAUACCAUCUGCUUAAAAGCAAAUUCCACACAGCUUUCUGAGGUGAAAUCUCAAAACUGGCUCAACAUUAGUCAAACUGCAGGCAUGCAAAUCACUUGUCCGACCAUCGUUAGAGUAUGCCUGCAUAGUAUGUGACCCCCAUCCCCAAUCCAACAUAGACCAAAUAGAAAUGGUCCAAAGCAGGACUGCACACUACAUCCUGAGCAAAUAUCGGUACAAUCACCGCACAUCCAGUGUCUGAAAUUCUGGUCCUCCUGAAGUUGCACCCCCUAGCAGACGGAUGAAGAGAUGCUCAUCGGACUAUGUUGUAUAAUAUCAUCAACAACAAAGUUGCCAUAAUGAAAUCUGAUAGGCCAAGUCCCCUUACUAGGUAUUCCAGACAUAGUCAUCAGCUCUCCUUUCAAAUACACUAUUCAAAAACCCUGACAAGAAAAGCUUCAUUUUUUCCAAAAACUACACAUGAGUGGAACAAACUACCACCCGACAUCGUCUCCUGUCCCACCACAGACUCAUUUAAAUCGGCCAUCUACUAUCACUAUACCAACACAGAGUAGAGUCAAAAUGAAAUAGUUUAUCCAAUUUUUAUCCUAAAAUACAUAGAAAAUCUUCCUCCUUUUCACUCCUCUCUGGCAUUUUUCCUUCAAAUUGUUGAAGUUGGCCAGUAUCAUAUAGACAUAGACAGAUGGCGACGCUUGUGGUAUAUAUAUAUGUUGGGUUGAUAUACAUGUAGGUCUAGAUUAGGCCUAUGUACUAUGUGUGUUUCAGGGAAAAUUCCAAAUUAUUAUUUGACAAUGAAGUAUAGACAUACAAAGUGUAAGCUUGUCUGUCCCUCCAUAUUGGAUCCUUAGGCUUUGGCAAUUGCAACCCACCGCUGACCAACCCCUCUCCUUCUCCCUUUGUGUCCAUAGGCUCAAUCAAUAUUUGUGUACAUCAAAGGACUUGUCAUUUGUCUAAUGAAGGUGACAGAGUGUAGUCACUGAAACGUCGCACUGAAAUUCUACACUGGUGAUAUCCCAAAGUCCAUUCACAUUUAUAUUUACCAACCUGAAAUAUGUCGCCAACCUGAAUGACAUUAUGUCUUAUAAUGUGUACAAAUUGUUUUUCUCCAUAGGCCAGAUAACAAGAAACACAUUUCUAAAAGGGAAGCUACAUGAGGAUGUCUGCUGAUACUGAACCUCCUAUUCAUGACAUGAUAAAACCAUUGUCAUGGCUACUUGGAAAGUGGAAAGGAGAGGGUGGUGUUGGAAAGUAUCCUACCAUCGAAGACUUCACCUACGAUGAGGAACUAACGUUUAGUCAUGUGGGACAACCAAACAUUCAGUUUAGUUUCUUUUCAUCACAUUCGAAGACCAAGAAGCCGCUACAUCGAGAGCUUGGGUUUAUACGUUUCAAGCCAGGAACGAACCAAUGCGCUUUGUUGAUAGCUCAUAACCUUGGUGUGAGUGAAGUGGAAGAAGGAGAAUUUACAGACACAGAAAUGAGGACAGAAUCACACACAGUGGGACGUCUCUCCUUUGGUAAACCGCCAGAAACAAAAAAGAUCAAAAGAGUGUUCAGCAAGAUUGGUGAUGACCUCGAACAAGUUGUUUCCAUGGAAACUGCAAACACACCAAUGACAGAGCACCUUCGUAUUACCUACAAAAGAGUCGCUUCCUGAAUAUUAUGAGAAUCAUCAAGUUAAAAAUUAAGUUUCUGAAGGAUGACUUCAUGUGUAUUGGAAAGUUGUGAUAAAAUGAUGUGUUGUGAACAAGUUGAUCAUGAUUUCUAUCCAUGACAUUAAUUUAACAAUUUUUUAGAAGUGACAAUUUAGAAGAAAAAAUAAAAGGGUGAUAAAAGUGUUAUUUUCCAUAGGAGUAUGAAAAUAGUUUUAAGUACUGAAAUACUUUUGUUUUAAGGUAAAGAAUCUCCAGCAAAGCUGCUAUUGGAUGUUAUUAUCAUUGCCACCAACCAAAAUGUUAAAAAAUCUUUGAUAUUUCAAUAAUAAAAGCACUUGUUGUAUUGCCACAGUGGUGAAGUAUAUAAGGUUUUUAUAUUUCGAUAGUAAAAACCCUUUUGGUUUUGUCGCUGUGGUGAAGUAUAUAAGGUUUUUAUAUUUCGAUAAUAAAAGCACUUGUUGUAUUGCCACUGUGGUGAAGUAUAUAAGGUUUUUAUAUUUCAAUAAUAAAAGCACUUGUUGUAUUGCCACUGUGGUGAAGUAUAUAAGGUUUUUAUUGAGUAAUAAGAAUUAUUUUGCUGAAGAUAAAGGUGAUAUCUUGCCAGGUGAUAUAAUGCUGUUUGUGAUGCUAGUCAUGCCACAAUACCAGGUCCCACAGGGACUUGGCACAGUAACCCACAAUCCAUAUAUGGAUUGGAACAUAACAUAUUGGACCAUGGAUUGGAGUGCCAAGUCCCUGUGCAGGAAAACAUAUGAUUCUGGUAGAUAUUGAUUUCAUUGAUUUAUUUUUUUGUUUUUUGUUUUUGUUUUUUUUUUGUUUUUGCUAUUUUUGGUCUCUAGGUCUUAAUAUGCAAAUUGAGAAGAUUGCUUUCCAUGCAAAAAACAAAUAAAAGUGAUUUAUUUUUGCAUGCAUAAUUGAAUGAAUUACAAUAUUAUAGAGUAUGUGUGAUAUGAAUGAAUUAAGUGUAAUAUUUCUGAUACAUAUGAAUGAGUGAUUUCCAUUUUUUUCAUUGUCUUAUUAGGCAUCAAGAUAAUUAUAAUAACAGUUUUACAUGUUAGCAUUUACAUUGUUGUGUCAUAUUUCCCAGAAAAGACAGAGAUGUACAACUGUACUAUACAUUGGAUUUUCCUCUCAUCAACCAUUAAGUUAACUUAAUCAUCAAAUUACUACGCAAAAUUUCGCACAGGAUUUUUUCCAUUCAAAUCCAUUUUUGAUUUGUUUUUUACUUAUUGAUUAAGAUACCACGUUAUCAAUUGAAACUGCAAAGAGUUUUACCUUCGUUUUAUUUGUUUUUGACAGUUAGUUGAUGUCAAAUCUGUAUAAUAAAUAAAUGUUCUAAUAAAAGACAUAUAUAAUUAAUAGAUGUCCUAAUAAUAGACCUAUUGAUAGACUAUAUAAUUAAUAGAUGUCCUAAUAAUAGACAUAAUGAUAGACCUAUAUAAUUCAAUGAGGAAAAGCAAAGACAUUUCUGGUCUGAAGUUACUUCCCCUGCCAUCUGGUCUGAAGUUACUUCCCCUGCCAUCUGGUCUGAAGUUACUUCCCCUGCCAUCUGGUCUGAAGUUACUUCCCCUGCCAUCUGGUCUGGAGUUACUUCCCCUGUCAUUAAUCGGUUUUUUUUCUGGUAGCAACAUUACAAAGGCAUGUGAAUGGCAAAAAAUAUGUUUAAAAUGAGUUUAAAUUCAGGGACACAAAUAUAUAAGUUAUAUGUAUCUUAUUAAUUUUUUCUCGUUCUAACUAAAGUGAUUGUACAUUGUACUCUGUUACUUAAGUUAAAAGUGCCAUUUAAACUGUUCUUUUAAGUUAAGUUGAAGAAUGUUGAGAUAGAACCUCAAUAACACAUGUCUAUUUUGUUUUUCCCAAAAUAGUUUGGAGUGAUGUUGAAAAUGUACAAUGUAUUAUGAUUUUGAAGUGCGGUUACGUAACAAUGAGAAGUUCUGAAUGUGUAUUCUUGUGGACUAAUUACCUCUGUGUAUAUCAACCAGACUGAAUUAAAUU